GCAGAGUUGGAGCUCACUCAGCACUGCCUUCCGGGAAAGGAACUUCUGGGCAAGCACAGCGAGAGGAAACCAACACACAUCCAACAGCGACUGCACAGCCUCUUGUGCCACACUGCAUUGCCAGGCAAGAGGGAUGCCAAAGGUGCCAGCACUCUGCCCAAGCCCCUAACUUCUUCCAGCACUCACAAACCCUUUGCAGGGUGCUCGCCUGUGGGGAGAGGUGCAGAGUGACCCUGGCACCCACCCUCUCUGGCAAUCAGCCGCUGCUAGGACCCGUCCCUGCAAGCACUGCACCUGCUGGGACCCAUCCCUGCUAGGAACCAUCCCUACUAGGACCCAUCUCAUGAUGCCACACAUCCCUGCUAGCACCCAGCUCUGCAAGGACCUACCCCUGCUGCUGCCUAUUGCCCACCCAUGCUGGCACCCACUCUUGCCACAGCAGCCUCACAGCACCUCCUGCUCCCCUGCACCCCCACACUCUGCGCAGUGGAGGUAGACUCCAAGGCUGGGGAAUGUGGAUGUUGGGUGGCACAGCAGAGACAGGGAAUUCAGGAGAACUUUCAGGUGGUCUCCCUCUGUUCACAAACUGAACGUUAAGUCGCAGCUACUCAGCCCCGGCUUAAAUAAGCAGCACUCCCCAGGCAGCUUUCGGAGAGCUUCUACCGUGCUCAGGUUUCAGUUUCACUUUCUUCGCCUCUCACAAUCGCCGGAAGGAGGAAAGGUCAGAUUGGACCCUGCACCCCGCAGCCCAACCCAGUCCUGCUGCAUUUCCCACAGACUUUGGAGGUUCCAACAGCCCAGCUCCGUUACCGGCUUGCUGCUAGGGACAUCCUUGAUGGGAAAAUCGAUUUCAAGAAGUUUUGUAAGUAGGACCUUGGUGACGCCUUGGAAGGCAGUAUUGGGGAGUCAGGGGGUGCUGGGCUUUGGUGGGGCAAUUGUGCCACUUCCUCAUCUUCCUUCCAUGCUGCCAUUAGGUGAGGUUGAGAGAAUCGAUUCAGUUUCUGUGGUUCAAGAGCCUGCCUGGGUAUGGGAAGCUCUUUUAUGCUGUGUCAGAGAGAGAAAUGCAGCCUGGGGACAUUGUGCUUGUCCCCAUAGAGGACUGGCGCCACCUCCACUUUCUCUUCAAGCACGCAGCUGUGUACCUUGGGGAUGGAGAGGUCAUACACUUCCAGGGACGCGGUGAUAAGAAUGGGGUGGGUGUGGCCAGCAAGCAAGGCUUCGAGGCUAUGAAAAAGGAAAGAGGGAAAUACAAGAUUUACCGGAAAAGAGGUGGGAUCGACCUGGAUGAAUUCCAGAGCAGAGUCAAGGAGGCGAUGAACAGCGAAGCCAAGUACCACACAGUCUAUAACAACUGCAUCCACUUUGCCCUCUGGCUUCUGGGCUUGGGGAACUUCUACCAUAAACCAGUGGAAAUCCCAAGGGAAGAUGGCAAAGAAGAGGCUAUGGCAAGCACUUCUGUAAGGCAGUAUGAGAUGACUAAAUUUCUGCUGCACAAGAGAACUCCUGGCCAUGGGGAGGUCUUUGAUGUUGUGCCAGAGGGAGAAGUGCAGCCUGGGGACAUCCUGCUCUUCCCCACGGAGGACUCUGGCUCCCUUGGCUCAUUCUUCAGGCACGCAGCUGUGUACCGUGGGGAUGGAGACGUCAUACACUUCCAGGGAAUGGCUGGCAAGAGAGACAGCGGCCGGGUCACCAUGGAAGACUUGGAGGCCAUGAGAAGGGAAAGGGGGGAAUGGCGGAUUUACCGGAAAAGAGGUGGGAUCGACCGCGGCGACUUCCGCAGAAAGGUCAGGGAGGCAGUGAACAGGGACAGCAGUGCCGACCUGCCCUACAACAACUGCAUCCACUUUGCCCUCUGGCUUCUGGGCUUGGACAACAUCUACCUGCAACUGGUGGAAAUCCCUAAUGAAGGUGGCAGAAGAAGGCUGUGUGGUGCUCCGUGAUGUGAAGGGACUGGCAAGAGCCACAUCAGCCUGAGGAUGACCAGCCCUGACCCACACAGGAGCCUCAGCAUUGCCCCACGCACCCCAACGCCUCAUCCCAGGGAAGGACCUCUGCUGCGGAGGAGCUGUUCCCUUCUGCUUGCUGGAGCUUCAUUGCCAGGCAUGAAUUAGGUGCUUCAGGAAGGCUGCCUCCAUUAAAUGUCCCCAUUCCCUCCAGCAACAUCUCCAAUGACAAUAAAGUAGAGAGCACAAGAUAGUGCAGAAGGUGCCCGUGGGUGUCCCACAGCAGACCACGUGUCCCCAUGCAGCUGUGGUGGGCUGCCCUUGGGCUGCUGCCAGGAGCCCACCCAGCUGCCCCAGCCUUGCCCUCCUCAGCUGGACAGGGGCAGAAAGCUCUGAGCAAAGGCUCCUGGCUCCAGGGAAGGAGCUUGGUAUGCAGGAGUGUCCCAGGUUGUGUACUAUAGCAUUAAAAAAAUCCUCUGGGGACUAGAAAAUUGUUA